AGUGUGAAUGAGCAGGUGUUACUAAGAAGCUAAAGAUCAGCUGCUACUAACAUUAGUUAUAUGAAAGUUUACAUCAGAGGCUCUCAGAACUCUGUAGACCUAGCAGCAACACAGCACAGACAGGCACUACCUGCACAGCACUUUUACUUCAGUUUUACUGUCCUCUGGCUCAACAUGUAUAGGAAAUCUGCUCCUGCUGAUGUGCCCAUGAUUUCCAAAUGUACCUACCCUGCAAAGGAUUCGCAAGGCAUGUUACCCCCCAAUACCUGCAAACAAUCUGACACAGGAGAAAAGGUGGUGCUGAAAAAGAAAGUAACUUUAUUAAGAGGAAUCUCAAUAAUAAUUGGAACUAUAAUUGGAGCAGGGAUUUUUAUCUCCCCCAAAGGAAUAUUACAGAAUACCGGGAGUGUAGGAAUGUCUUUAACUGUGUGGACAGCAUGUGGCAUUCUCUCUCUCUUUGGUGCUCUCUGCUAUGCUGAACUUGGAACAUGCAUAAAAAAAUCAGGGGGCCAUUAUACGUAUAUAUUGGAGGCAUUUGGCCCAUUACCUGCAUUUGUGAGAGUAUGGGUAGAACUGCUCGUCAUUCGCCCAGCUGCUACAGCAGUGAUAUCGCUAGCAUUUGGACGCUAUAUCCUCGAGCCCUUCUUUAUACAAUGUGAAAUACCAGACCUGGCUAUCAAAUUUGUCACAGCUCUUGGAAUAACUGUUGUAAUGGUUCUGAACAGUAUGAGUGUUAGCUGGAGUGCUCGGAUCCAGAUAUUCCUGACCUUUUGUAAGCUUAUAGCAAUCCUGAUAAUUAUAGUCCCUGGAGUUAUGCAGUUAAUUAAAGGAGAGACACAGAACUUCAAAGAUGCAUUUGUUGGGAAAGAUGUUAGUGUUAUGGGGUUGCCCCUUGCCUUUUAUUCUGGAAUGUAUGCAUAUGCUGGCUGGUUUUACCUCAAUUUUGUUACUGAAGAAGUAGAAAAUCCUGAAAAAAACAUACCUCUUGCAAUUUGCAUAUCAAUGGCGAUUGUAACAAUUGGAUAUGUAUUAACCAACGUGGCAUAUUAUACAGCCAUUACAGCGGAAGAGUUGGUACUCUCCAAUGCAGUUGCAGUGACAUAUGCAGAACGUCUUCUGGGAAGCUUCUCACUGGCAGUUCCUAUCUUUGUUGCUUUGUCAUGCUUCGGCUCCAUGAACGGUGGGGUUUUUGCUGUGUCAAGGAUGUUCUACGUUGCAUCCCGAGAGGGUCACCUUCCAGAGAUCCUCUCUAUGAUUCAUGUACACAAGCAUACUCCUUUACCAGCUGUUAUUGUUUUGUAUCCUCUAACAAUACUAAUGCUAUUCACUGGGGAUAUCUACAGCCUCCUGAGUUUUCUUAGCUUUGCUCGAUGGCUUUUUAUUGGCCUGGUUGUUGUUGGACUCAUUUAUCUGCGAUACAAACGACCUGAGAUGCAUCGUCCUUUCAAGGUGCCAAUAUUUAUUCCAGCAUUGUUUUCUUUCACCUGUCUGUUUAUGGUUACUCUGUCACUGUAUUCGGACCCAAUAAACACUGGGAUUGGCUUUGCGAUUACCCUAACUGGUGUACCUGCUUACUAUCUCUUUGUAGUCUGGGAUAACAAACCAAAAUGGUUCAGGAACUUUUCAGACAGAGUCACCACGUUGCUGCAAAUACUCCUGGAAGUUGUGCCAACUGAGCAAAAUAGUUCCUAAAAUACGAAGAAAUGUGCUGAAUCGAUGCCGCCUGCAGUGCUACACAUUGGGCCUGCUCACUGCUUCUGUCUGCAGAUACAUAAUUCUAUUUAUUAUACAGGACAGCAAGCAGAUCUCUCAUUGUUUCUGUUUCCACUGCACAUUCAUAUUCAAUUAUUAGAAGCUACAAAAACAACAACAACAACACCAUAGGGCCCUUAAUCGUAAAAGAAUAUUUUUUUUACAUUUUAGAGUCUCACCAUCAAAUACAUAUAUCGCCAGCUAUGUAUCAUUUUACAUAGAAUUAACCCUUGAAUGAGCAGCUGACAAAUACACAAGUACAGUCUACAUACACCCAUUAAUAUCACAAUCACACUCUAAAUAUCCUGCAUUUCUAUAUCUCACUUGUACUCCAAAACGCCCUUCAGACUUCCACACAUGCUGCUAAAAUCACCUCAAAUGUUCCCACAAACCUCUCACACAGAGUCCAUAGACAACCCACUUGUAAUUAACAGCUAAAGACCACUAAUUAACAAUGAAUGAUCAAGAAUGAACCCAGGCCCCAAUCAUUCUGAACAGUGUACUUUUCAAUCAAUAUUCAGUAAUCACAAACUUUCUGUGGAGUAAGAAGGACGGUCAUCUAACCUCCUGCAACUAUAAUACUUACAUAUAAUGUGGUGUGAGGCCAUGUGAUGUGGAAGCGUCUUCUCUUCUGGGACUGCACUGUAUGAGACCCUGAACUCCACCUAUAUCCCAACCUCUGACUAAUUUAACAGCAGUGAGACACGUGACACACAGUAAAGCUGAAAGAGCUGGAGGGAUCCGGUGAAGGCUCGUCGCGUGCCUGGCCAGCAUUAUGGCAUGAUGUCCAUGGUCUACAAUUUUAAGAUGUUUUAACUAACUAUGAAUGCCAUGGACUGUCUCAGUCCGUUAUUUUUUUGUACCAUUUUGUAUUACUAAGUAAGUUUAGAGACUUUUACUUUUUUUAACACAGGCAUUUUGUGCUGUCUGACAGAUAUGUAGUACUGCAGUAUAUAUACCUUUAAUACUCUGUGCCGGACCAGCAUGGAGUGUUCACUGCUAAAUAGAGCAAACACGUGCCUAAGUGAAUAUCAGUCUUCCUUAAAAUGGCCUCUUCUAUGAAAGUGAAUGCAAGUACAAUGGGGCCUUAAUGUCAUGGUGGGUUGUUAUAUUUGCCCAGUAAUGUAUCUAACAGUAAUAAUGUACUAGACUGCCCCCACACCACCCCAUCACUAAGAACACCUGCCACUGCUGACAUAUAUCCAGGCAGCUGGGACUUGAAUGUUGGGAUCGUGGGAUGGUCUCUUACUAUGAGGGCAGUGAUUAGGUACAGUAUGAAAUGUUAGCAUAAUCUUUAAAUGAGAUCAUGCCAUAGCCUAACACAGUCCUGGGAAAUGUAGGCUUAUUGGCAGUUGUGCUUUAUCAUUAGUAAAUCAUUUGUAAAUUACUAUUUCUAGGCCUAGGAAGAGACCAGUUUUUCAAAGUUAUCUGAGGUCCCAAAACUGCAUGGGAACCAUGUAACCUUUUAUCCGAAUUGUAAACACAUUAAUAUUUACAGAUAGGCCUCAAGGGUGCAAAGAGUGGGGGAUCACAGACAGAUCACCGGGGGCCUCUGUAGGGGCCCUAGAAUGCAAUACAGGUGUAAGCACACCCCCUGCGAUGUCAUGAACAUGCCCACCCAUGCAAGCGCCAUAGUAAUGUAUACGAGGAGACGUACCUGCAUCUCCUCCAGUGGCCAUGAUCUCCCCCCUGCACCUGGGCCUGUCCAAAGUCUCUGCAGACCUGAUGGGCCUACCCUAAGUCAUGUGGCAGGCCUUCUUCAUUCCAUUCUCACUUUAUCAAUAACCACUCUCUUUUGUGCCUUCAUAAACUUCAAUAUUACAAUGUAAAGUGACUGAAAUAGUUAUCAUACAGCCUUUAUAAAUUAUACAAUAUAUAUUUCUAGGUGGACACUUUUUACAAGCAGUUUUUAAAGCAUUGGUCUUGAUAUGUACUCACCAGGGGCGGAUUGGGAACAAAAAGUGGCCCUGGAAAAAUUUGUACUAGUGGCCACACAUGGGCAGCACCAGAGGUGUAAGGUCUAGCCAUGGGCCAUGGCAGUAGCACCCUCCCCCCAAGACUUUCCAGAUAGUGGGCAUGUCCAGCAUCAAGGGGGAAGUUAAAAGGAAAUAAAAUUAAAUAUUAUGAGCACAUUAUAUGAUACACCUUCAGAAUUUAGGACACUAUAUCAUUCUUUAAAAAUAUAUAUUUUCUUGCUUAUUACACCAACCGUAUCACAAUCACUAUUCACUCAAUCUUAUAUGUCAGCCAAGCAGGCAGACAGAGCAUACACUAGAUCAUCUGCAAUCACAGGCUAAGUGGCAAAGAAAUUUUCAUAUAUGCAAAUUAUUUUGCAUCUUAUUCAUUAUGUCUAUCAAAAGGUCCACAUGUCCUCAAACAAAACAGGCCCCACGGGUGCGGCGGCCCACCGGGGAUCUUCCCUGUAAACCCUAUGGCCAAUCCGCCUCUGGUACUCACUAAGGGCCUGAUGCAGAGAUGAUGACAAAUCAGCCAUAUAGGCUCCCGUAUUAGGUGCAUGGGAACAGAUGUAUAUAUUGCCCGUAUGCAGAGUUGUAGGUAUCUUGCAGAGCACAUGUCCCGUAUCCGUAUGCCUGGUUUGCUGCUAGUUGUCAUCAUCAGUGCACACUAGCACCAGACUCUAUUAAGUCAGUCUGAAGACAUAAGUAUUUAUGCCUGCGUUCUUACUGAGCUUUGCCUGUGUAAGAAUGCCCCAUUACAGCCCAAACACCCCUCCCCGGUCAUUAGCGGAGAUGUGAUAGAGAUGUGUACUAUGCUGCCUUGUCUGUACUUGCGUACACUUUAUCUGGAGCAAAGAGGCCUACACUCAUCUCUGCAUCAGCCCCUAAAUGUAUUUCCUCUGUCAUUUCUCAUAUUGAGAAUUAGCAUUUCUAUUGUUAGCAACAUAGUUAUAUGAGAUUGUAUUUA